CAGCAGCAGCAGCAGCAGCAACAACAACAACAACAACAACAACAACAACAACAACAAGCUGCCAACCCCGUUGGUAUGGGUCAGGUAUCGACCCCUCAAAGACCCCCGAGCGCCGCACAAGGGACGCCGAACAACGCUCUACCUUCGCAACAGGGUCAAUUUCCAACACCUCAGCCUCCCUCCCAAAGCCAAACCCCUACGAACCAGCAGUCUCAACAACCGCAGCCGCAACAACAGCAGCAGACUCAACAAGCUUCGGCACAGGCACAGGCACAGGCACAAGGGCAAGGGCAACAACAGCAGCAGCAACAACAGCCAGCAUCUGCCGGCUUAUCGACACCUCAGACGCCAACCUUCUCUUCGAAUCAAGGACCGGCUGUUAAUGGAGCUUCAACAGCGGCUCCGCUAAGCCCUGGUACUGAGUCUCGAGACAAGGAACGAUUCGCAUUAUUGCUCGAUAUCAACCACGAACUUCUCUAUGAAUCUAUACAAAUCCAGGCAACUCAACAGGAACUAAAGAAGGAGAGCGCUGCAGCUGGAAACCCUGCUGAGAAAAAACCGACGGAUGAAGAGACACAACUACAGCAGGAUUAUCUCCAAUGUAUGAGGAGAUUGCAAGCAAACUUGUCGUAUAUGGCCGCUCUUGCAGAUCGGAAGCCUGAAGUUAAAGUUCCACCCUGUCCAGCAUACCUCACUGCGCCUGCUCUGACUCUUUCGCUCAAACUUCGGGUCCCAGCUGUAGGACCUGAAGGGGCGGAAAACAAUAUCGACCCGGUCGCUGACCGUGAAGAGCGAAAUAAUAGCAUCAGGGACCUGUAUUCAAGGCUGCAGGCUGUCUUCCCCGGUAUCGACCCGAAGAGAGAACCAGCUUACCGCAUGAAUACACAAGGCGGUCAGAAGCCUGGCAUGAUGGGAAGCCAGGCCAGCCCGACAGCACAAAGGACGCCCAAGAUCACGAAUAUGGGGGCACCUCCUAUGCCCUAACGCUGCUGGCUCACACGACUACUGAGUGAGACAAAGAACGUUAAGGCGUAAAUAUGGUGCCAAGGUUUAUAGAGAUUCAGAUGGGAGUUAUUUUGGGUCGAUUUGACCAGUUCAUCUAACGAAUAGCAUAACACUUUUUUCUUCUUUUUUAUGGUAUAAGGGCUGGCUUGGUUUUAAGAGCUCGACAAACUGGCAGAUUAGAAGCAAUAUUGUUAUAAGAAUAGCGUUACUUUGGGGGUGGUUCAAAAGGAGAAGUGUAUAUGUAGUUGGUGAUUUUGCUCAGGGCGUUGGGAGCUCCCUUCAGAAGAAUUAACGAUGAAAAGCCAAGAGAGUCUAGCCUGGAUAAAUGAUUUCACGUCAUUUGCCUGCAUCAAUGUGCCCAGUCUUAGGGAGUAGUUUCUAUCGAUUCGAUCUCGAUCCGAAUUUAUCCUAUACCUAUAAAAUAAGGAUAUUUUGUCUGAUAUUCGAAUUUACAGCGUUUAUGAGAUAUUUG